AUGACAGACCCGUUUCUAGAGGCCGGCAAUCCGCUGGAGCUGGAGGUGACUCGGCUUACACAGGAGAACCGCGAGCUGCGUCAAGAGAACGCAAGGCUUCGUGCGCGGAUUAGUUUAACCGCCACCCCCUCAGCAACGGCAUCGAAUGCCGUCAGCGAGCAAUCCUCACUGCGCAGGGCUGUCGACACAGCUGCUGUACCCGUCGGAGCUUCGCCAGCGGCGAAGCCGCUGGACAAGCCCGGCGGCGCGCUUUCGCAGCGCUCCACACGGGCUGCAGGGGCCUCGACCCCAAAGCAGCAUCAGGAGCAAGCGGUGUCUACCGCGCGCAUUGAGGAGGCGGUUCAGCGAGUCAAAAAGGAGCUACGUGGAGAGGUGGAGAAGUACCAGAAGGCGGCGGAGAUGAAGGCAUCGCAGAUGGAGCAGCUCAAGCAGCAAUUCGAGCUGUUUGUCACGACCACCUGUGAGCGCGAGGCGGCGUAUGAGCUGGUAUACAUGCAGCUGUUUCGAGAGUUGGAAGAGCAGCGGGCCCUGGCUCGAACUGCGCAGGCGCAGCUGGAGGAGCAGCGACUAGAGGCAGUCGAGAUGCGCACGUCGCUGCAGGCCGCCGCCGCAGCGGCGGCGGCAUCCUUCAAGUGCAGCACCUUGGCCUCCGUAUCACCGAGUCCGCCUUCCAAGUCGGAGGAUGUCGCAGUGCCGUCAUCAUCCUCUGCGGCUCGGCCAGCAAAGAAGUGUCGCAUCGGCAAGUCUGCCAAGCACGCCGAUGAUGGUGAUAAGUCGAACGCGACGGAGACCCAGACCACUCAGGAGGACGUGGUGGAGGUGCAGCAGGAAGUAACCGUGACGGUACCCAACGCAACGCCCGAGCCACGACAGCUGAGGAUUGUUCAGGGUGGUGCAGCUCUUCGUUCUGACAGCAAGGCCUCUCGUCUCAAGCGUCCGCGCGCCAGCUCUGCCACGAGCGUGUCGUCGGCAACUCGCUCGACACGCACGAGGCAGAGCGCUGUCGCCCUCGCGCAGCUGCAUAUGCCUACUUCUCCGGUGUUCGCCUCCGCUUCCGUGAGUGCAGGCGACGGCGCCGUGGAAGUUGCUGUGACAUCCUCCUCAGGAAUGUUUGCGACCGCGUCUCCUCCAGGUGCUUCCGCAUCAUCCCCAGCACGGCGGACGACAAGCGAUGCUCUGGGCGAUCUCUGGACGCUCCUCGCCCGUCACACAGAAGCCACUCACGGCUUCCUGCCUCUGUGGCAGCAUCUUGCCCGCCUCCGCGGUUCCGACCGCUUGGCUGCACUGCGGGUUAUGAUAUCCCUCCUGCUUCACUUGCUGGGCCCUGCCGAUGCGACGAUGCCGCUUGUUUUGCCUGCGCCUCUCUCGACCUCUGUCGCUGCCCCGCCAACCUCGAUCACGGUGCUGGCGACGGCGAUCCGCCUCCUGGAGGUGCAGCUUGAAAGUGAAGCGCAGCAGCAGCGUGGCGCCACCGUGAGCCGCGCAGACGCCACCGCCCAGCAGUGCUCCGCGCUCUUUCACUCUCUCUUUUACCGCAUCUGUGUGGCAACGCUGCGACGAUGGCAGACCGCCGAAGUCGGGGCUGACGCCGUCGAUAACUGGGCGACGGCACUCGUCCACUUGUAUGGCUUCCAGCCCGCCUUGUCGAAGCUUGCUCAGUAUACCAACUCCACGAUUGCCUACGAGCGCGCGCACCUUGCGCACAGCUGGGUCACGUAUACGGCCCAGGCUAUCUUUGCGCAAUGCUUCACAUCCUCGUCCACGUCGUCCGCCGAGGUGGCGGUGGCGCGCUGGCGGGAGUUAUGUGACAGCAUCGGCUGGAGCCCUCAUUCCCUGCCGCUGGAACGACUAGAAACGGCAGCGGCGCGCUGCGUCGCGCGAACGCGAGUAGGUCUCGGCCCCUUCAUCGCCGCCUGCGCCGAAGAGGCGCUGCUCUCGCUCCGCCUCGUUGUCCUUUACCGAGGCUUUGACCACAUGGAGCGUAUAGCGGCGCUGCUGGAAAUGCCGGGAGUGCUGCCGAUGGUGAUCACUAAGGAAAUUUAUGCGGAGCUGGUGAGCUUGGCAGUGAUGGAUCGAGCUCCGUUUCGUACCGCCGAUGCUAUUCAGCAUGCCCUGCGUCUGCUGAGGGAGUACGUGCAGGAGGUUUCCCCGGAGCGCUGCACCUCGGCAGAGCACUUUGUGAGCGUGCCACGUCUCAGCCACCUGCUGGCGGCGCUGGCACUGCUGCGCGUGGAGUCGACGAACACCGCAGCCACCGCAAGAGGCACCGAGGCUGACUCUGUGAUCUGCGAGGCGGUGCAGGCAAGUCGCCAGACCGCCCUUCGAUGGCUCCAAGCGCAGAAGGUGGCCCUCAAUAUGGUGCGUCAGAGUGCCGCGUUGGCACGCGACCGCCAGCUGCUUCUGCGAGACACAGCACUGGGUCAGCGUCUCUUACGCGACGCGAGCGCAACGGUACACACCUAG